GUAAACUGUACUAAACCAGGUCACUGUUGUUGAUAAUGCUGCUUGGAACUUGAGAUGUCAGCUCACAUUCAGAUAUUACAAGUGGAUAAGAAAAGAUGUACAGCACAUUCAGUUCUAAGGAGCCUGGGCCAAGCCUGUCCGAUGUGCACCAAUACAGUCAGUGGUUGGCAAGCAGGCAUGAAGCUAGUUUAUUACCAAUGAAAGAAGACUUGGCUCUAUGGUUGACAAAUUUACUAGGGAAGGAGAUCACUGCGGAAAGCUUUAUGGAAAAGCUGGAUAAUGGAGCACUUCUCUGUCAGCUGGCACAAACAUUACAAGAAAAGUUCAAAGAAAACAAUAGUGAAAACAAAGCUUCCAAGCAUCUACUUGUAAAGAAGAUUCCUUGCAAAGCCAAUGCCCCUUCGGGUUCUUUCUUUGCCCGUGAUAAUACUGCCAACUUUCUAGCCUGGUGCAGAGAAGUCGGGGUGGAUGAUACUUGCCUUUUUGAGUCUGAAGGUUUGGUCCUUCAUAAACAGCCUAGAGAAGUAUGCCUUUGUUUGCUGGAACUGGGAAGAAUAGCUUCCAGGUUUGGAGUAGAACCAUCAGGAUUGGUCAAAUUAGAAAAAGAAAUAGAACAGGAAGAGUCCCAUUCAGCACCUGCUACAUCUCCAUCUCCAUCUCCAACUAAAUCUCCUGGAAAGAAGAGUGCAGGAAAGUUGCUGGAUGAUGCAGUGAAACAAAUUUCAGAAGACCCUCCCUGCAAAUGUCCAAAUAAGUUUUCUGUGGAACGCCUCUCCCAAGGACGAUAUCGUGUUGGAGAAAAGAUCCUAUUCAUUCGGAUGCUGCACAACAAACAUGUGAUGGUGCGUGUAGGAGGGGGAUGGGAGACAUUUGAAGGCUACCUGCUGAAGCAUGACCCCUGCCGGAUGCUGCAGAUUUCCAGAGUGGAUGGCAAGACUUCACCAGUCCCUAGCAAGUCCAGGACUAUCAAAGACCUGAGCCCUGAUAGUUACCUUGUGGUAGCUGCCCAUUACAGAAGUAGACGAGAAAGUGCAAGUAAUAAUGGUGGUAACUGGGGAACAAAGUGAUUGCACAGUAUUUACUAUGUAACUGUGCUCACUCUAUUAUUUUGAGUAGCGAUCCAAUAUACCAAAAAGUAACUACUUCAACCUUUUCAAACGAAGCUGGCCAAUCAUAACCUAAUUCAAUCACACUAGGAUCUUUGGGAUUUUUGUGCAAGUCUUAGUGAAUCCAAAAAGGGGCCAGAAAAAAACUGUAGGCUAUUACCAGACUGAGGAAAGAGGUAAUGGCAGUGCCGUAAGUAGACUUUAAAGAAAGUGAUUGGGAUAGUAAUGCUCACAAAUUAGCAUAUAGCUUCACCUAUUUAAGUCUCACUUUAGGAAAAUUCCUUGAUUGGAAGCUGGUAACAUUGUAGCAGUGCCUAUUUUGGUUACAGAUGUGCUCCAUGUUCUCCACAUUGCUUGGCUCUCCCACAUUCUGCUUCUCUUGUAUUCUUGCUGUUCAGUGGCCGAGUGUUAAAAAUAAUAUUGUUGGUGCAACAGUGACAAUAUACCAAACAGGAAGGACUAAAUACAGUGCAAAUUGUUGACGUAUAGUGGUAUGAAUAUUUACAAAGUACCAAGGAGACUGAACUACACUAUGUUCUGUCAUCCAUAUGAUUAUACCAUUUGAGUUUGGACUGCCUCCCAAUUUUGAGCAUUCUAAACUCAGUUGACUGACCUUUUCCGCCAAGUAGCUGAACUUGAUGCUUGGCACAAUUUGAUUAUAUCAGGCUGUCUGGUGGUUUUAACAUUACCAUAACACCUAGAUCAGGUUUCCUCUCCUUCCCAUCAAUUCAAUAGUGAAAUCAUAAAAUUCUGUGCACUACAGAAUCAUUCCUAUUUCUCCUAACAUCAUGCUGCUUUGCAAACAACAGCAAUGCAGAAGGAACCAUUUGUAACCAAUUAGAACAAUUAACAGUUGGCUCUAAGUGUUUUUUGGUAGCUCAUAUUUUUACCAGAAUUUACUUGAACAAACAUUCUCAAAUCAAUGCCACAAUUGUUGCAUAGCUGUCAAUCUAAAUAAUUAUUUCUACA